CCCAACUGACUGUAAACCGUACGGAAACAAUGCUAUACAUUGGGGGACUUUUUGACAUACGGGGGUCAAGGGCCUCUUGGAUGGGGAGAAGUGAACUCACAGCAGCCGAGACAGCAAUACGAAACAUUAACGAAUUAAAAUUCAUUGAUGGAUUUAGUUUACAGCUUCUGGAGAAUGACACACAGUGUGAUCCCGGAGUUGGGACAGAUGCCUUUUAUGAUCUGAUAUAUAGACGUCCCAGAAUACUCAUGGUGAUUGGCAGCGCAUGCUCGGAGGUCACGGAAACUCUUGCUGAAAUUGUGCCUUAUUGGAACCUAAUUCUUGUGUCCUAUGCAUCUACGUCACCUGCCUUAAGUGAACGGGAGAAAUAUAAAACCUUCUUCAGGCUGGCUCCAACGGACGCGGCAAACAAUCCGGCAAGGGCGCUCUUCUUACAACACUUCCGGUGGAAUGCUGUAGCAACUGUCUACGAAAACAAGGAGGAAUUUUAUUUGGCAAUGGCAGAAUUGACACCAUUCUUAGAGCAGCACAACAUAUCGGUGAAGGCCACGGAGUCUUUUGGAACAAAAGCAGGGGAGAUAACCUCAAAGAUGAAAUCACUUAAAGAUUCAGACUCCAGGAUUAUUAUUGGUGCGUUCUCUGAGCCUGCUGCGAGGCAAGUGUUGUGUGAGGCAUACCGAUUGAAAAUGUACGGAGCUCGGUACGUUUGGCUGAUUAUAGGGGACUUCGUAGAGAAAUGGUGGACAAUGGCGAACGAUACAGACUGCUCGCAGGACGAUCUACGUUCUGUCGCAGAAGGAUAUUUUACAGUGGCCAGUUUCAAUACAUUUAAAUAUGGAAAGGGAAUGUCUGUAGCGAAUAUAACGUUUGACGAUUUCCAAAGAAACUAUCUGUCAUUGAAUGGCACAACGCCGAUGAGUCCCUAUGCAACAAGCGCAUAUGACACAGUAUGGACAGUUGCCUUGACGCUCCGGGAACUUUUACAGAACCCUAACCGCCAACUUAAUACGGUGCCCUACGACGACGCCCGUGGUCUUGUCACGGAGAUGAUGGCAACAUUAGAAUAUCUCACCUUUGAUGGGUUAUCAGGACCAGUCUCUUUCCAAGGACCUGAUCGAAGAGGGCUAGCUGUAGUCAAACAAAACCAAGGUGGUCAUAUGGUGACAGUGGCGAUGUACGAGUUGGACAAGGAAAUUCUGAACUUCCAUUGCCUUGACUGUGUUGAUGUGCACUGGAUGGAUGGAAAAAUACCUAAGGACAAAGUGCUUAUCGUCAUGCAUAAGAAAAUGAUCGAAGACCGAGUAUUCUACGUCAUUACGUCGUGUUGUGCUGUUGGAAUUAUUGCCGCGACCUGCUUUCUGUGCUUUAACCUGUGUAAACGUAAAUCGAGGUACAUUAAGCUGUCUAGUCCCACACUAAACAAUGUGGCUGUCGGAGGCUGUAUCUUGGUGUAUGGCGGUGUCAUGCUGCUGGGAUUUGACGACAGGAGGAUCAGACAGGACCAAUAUCCAGUUUUCUGUACGACACGGGCAUUCUUCUUCGCAGCUGGGUUUUCAUUGGCGUUCGGGUCGAUGUUCACUAAGACGUACCGCGUCCAUCAGAUCUUCACAAGGGCAAACAGAGGUCUCAUUAAAAAUAAGCUACUGAAGGACAAACAACUGUUGUUUAUCAUCGGUGCUCUACUCGUCAUUGACUCCUCUAUCCUAAUAGUAUGGAUCUUUGUCGACCCCAUGCAUAGACAGAUCGCAAACUUGACAGUCGGCCCCUCCGACGAAGAUAUCGAUGUGUGGUAUAUAUCACAGAUUUCCACCUGUCAUUCAAACCAUAUACAGAAAUGGCUUGGUGCUUUCUACGCCUUCAAAGGACUUCUCCUCGUGUUUGGAGUGUACAUGGCAUGGGAAACACGUAACGUUAAAAUUCCGGUGCUGAACGACUCCCAGUACAUCGGACUAAACGUGUACAAUGUUGUACUGAUGAGCAGUAUCGUGGUGGUGUUAUCAAAUAUCCUGUCCGAUCAGCCAACAAUGGCCUACAUCCUGGAGUCCGCCUUCGUCCUGCUCUCUACAUCAGUAACACUGUGUUUGCUCUUCGUACCCAAGAUUUACGCCAUUUUGACAUGCAAGGGUGACCCGGUAGUAGUAUCCUCGGGGAUCGUGGUAGAGGACAAGACACGACGUUUCCUUGUGGACGAGAAGCGAGAUCUGUACUACAGGGCAGAAGUGCAGAACCGUGUAUAUAAACGGGAGAUCGUAGAGUUAGACCAGGAGAUAUGUAGGCUGGAACGUUUGUUAGAGCUGCCCCUACAGCCUUUCCCUAAACUAACAGAUGACAUUCUCCAUCUACUGCCGGAAUCCCGCGUGGAUCCAUCGCCUGCCAUCAGACGCCGCAGAUUACAGGAACUGGAAAGAUGCAAUUCUAUCUCUGACGGAGGAGAGGUAUGCUUCGGAUUAUCUUCGGAGACAUCCGGCGAUGACUUUGCACCUUCAGUACAUAAUUCACUCCAGCCAAAUUCAAAACCAGUGAGAAGGAUGAGCAUAAGGGAGGCUGCAUCAGCCACAGCAAAAAAACUUUCAGAAUUACGACGAAGUUUAAGUUUUAGGGCACCUUCCAGAAAGGGAACAUUUUCAGUCAGUGACAUGUCGAGAGAUACGCAUGCUUCCAAAAGUGAGUUUUCCCUGAGGCAUUACUUCCAAGAUAUCGAUGUUGAUGAUGACGAUACCCUAGGUCGUACAAACUUUUCAUCAAUGAGUCGUAAAUGGAAUACAGACUCAACAAUUUGUGAGCGAUCUCGCGAGUGCAACAACUCUAGAAAACCAAGUCGAAUAGACGACUCUCGACAGGGAAGCAAAAAAUAUCGACGAAAAUCGAAUGUGUUUGAUCUCCAAGUGAAAAUAACGCCAUGUUCUGAUGAUGAAAGUUCCGUAGAAAAUGCGGCAUUCUGUGAAAAUAGGAAAGACAGCAGCACGAAGGCGCGUAGAUCCUUACACCGGGGUGACUUCAUGAGACCAUGUAAAUCCACAGGAGAUAUGAAUUAUCUCCCACUCUGUCGAGUGACUGACGUUGAUACAAACAGAGAGGGCAAAACAGUAUCCAAACUUCAAAAUAUCGAACAUUUGAUUGCGAGGGAAAGACGUCGACGAAUUAUUAAGCUACAAAGUGACCUUGUGAAAAUACAGCAUGAACUUAAGGCUCUUAGUGAUUUAGAAUAUGAAGUGUCAGAUGUAUGACGAAAAUAUUCUUUAGGAAAUGAUCAUUAUUAAUAGCGUUGCACUGUGUACUCUGCACCAAUCAUACCAUGUCAAUUUAUUGAUUAAAACUGAACUGAACAUUUACUUUCUUUCAGUUUUGGUUACACAACAUAUAGGAAGUUCUUUUAUGACCUCUGAUCGGGGUACUAUAACAACAAUAUGAUACCGACCGUUUAAAUAUAGAUUUACACCAACGUACUAGAGGAGAACAGUACCUAAAGUUCCGGAAGGGUAAGCGUCUUUUGCUUUAAUGACGAACUUCGCCAUGCAUUAAAGUCCAAAUCAAGCUAUUGACUAAUUGUGAAGGAUUUGGGAGUGACCAAAGAACGACCCUGUAUAACAAUCGAUAUCGAAUACGUCUAAAUCGAUAUCGCAUAAAUAGAAUACCAGUGUUUACUUGGCCUACAGCAAACUUAGUUUUAAAGUUUUCAUCAAUUAUGGCCUGCAAUAAUUACAAUGCUUUUUUUUCGAUAUCUUGUUCGACAUAGAAAAACCUCAUCAAAACGAUCUAAAUUACAUGUUGUCAUA